UGUUAGACCAUCAAUUAGAGGACCAAACUCCACAAACCAAACAAACAUGAAACAUGCAAAUCAUCAUGUUAAAUUCCAACAUCAUCCAUGUCUUUGAUUCAAAGUACAACUAGAACUAUAAUUUCAACAAAAUUAUUUACACCUAGACGCCACGUCAUCAUCUUUAUCAAAAUCCUCACCCAAAAACUUCUAAAAAUUAUCUUUUCCACCCCAAAUUCGAUUCUUCUAGUUCUUCAGUUUUUCUUCCGUUAUUCCUCCUAAACACCAAUAUAUAGAUAUAGAGAGAGAAAUAAAGAGGACCUUAGAGAGAGAAACUUUGUGUUCUUCGAAUUGUUUCGUUAACAACACAAACGGCGCUUUCCAUAAAUUCAAUCAAGAACCAAUUUCUCAGAUUUGAUCCUUCUUUCUUUAAUCUCAAUUCUCCAUGGAAUUUUCCAUGGAAUCAGCGGAACUUCAUCCUCUGUGUCAUGAUCAACCCUCAUCCUCCCAGAAUUCCAACACCAGCGGUAGAAAUGUCUUCAGUUUGCUAGCUCAAAGAGAGAUUUCACCUAGAAACAAGCAUGUACGAAAGUGUCACUGGGGAGAAUCUUCUGAAUCGAAAUCUGGCUGUUCUCGUUCUGGAACAGUGGUAGAUGCAAAGUGCGGUCUCCUCUCAUGGGUCGAGGCUGAGUCAUUGCAGCAUUUGUCAGCCAAGUAUUGCCCUUUAUUGCCUGCCCCACGGUCUACUAUUGCUGCAUCAUUUAGUCCAGAUGGGAAAAUUCUUGCCUCUACACAUGGUGACCACACAGUUAAGAUCAUUGACUGUGAAACUGGAAAUUGCUUGAAGGUAUUGGUUGGCCACAGAAGGACGCCUUGGGUGGUUAGGUUCCAUCCAUUGCAACGACAGAUACUUGCUAGUGGGAGCUUGGACCAAGAAGUUCGUUUAUGGGAUGCUAGCUCAUCAGAGUGGAUUUUAUCUCACUAUUUUUAUCGCCCUAUUGCAUCUCUCGCUUUCCAUGCCAAUGGGGAAAUAAUUGCUGUUGCAUCAGGUCACAAGUUGUACAUGUGGCACUACAAAAAUGCAAGGGAAUUAUCUUCACCAGUAUUUGUGUUGAAGACAAGGCGCUCACUACGGGCUGUGCAUUUUCACCCGCAUGGGGCACCAUAUCUUUUAACUGCUCAGGUCAAUGAUCUCAACUCUUCAGAUUGCUCAAUGACAGAGGCAACAUCUCAUGGUCAUUUAGAAUAUCCUCCACCGGCUGUUUUUGUCACAAAUGUUCAUCCCAGGACGCAGAUCAACAUGUCAAGUGAACCACCAGUGUCAAGAGUUGAAUUGCAGCAUGCUAGUAAUGAUGUUGGUUUGAGUAGCAUGCAGGUUGAACAAUACGGUACUCGAUUGGUAAACUCCGAGAUACCCACUAGCUCUCAAACCGGAGCAGAAUAUAAUGCCCAUACUACUUUGCCUAAUCAAAUGAGAAUUGGCAUCAAUAACCUCACAAUGGGUGGUAGGGAGGCUUAUGAAACAGAACCAGCCGAAGCAAGCCAACAUGAAAACGCUGAUCAUGUUGUAAAACGCGUUGAACUCUCUGAGCAUGGUCAAUUUCCUCAGAUUGUUCCUUCACCAGAUUCUAAUGGAUGGGAGCUGCCUUUUCUGCAAGGAUGGUUAGUCGGUCAAAGCCAAGUUGGUGUUCCCUCAAUGCUUCCUCAACAGAUUGGUUCUUUCACUAUGCCAUCUAAUCUGUUCACCACCAAUGUUGAGCUAGCUGUGCCACCUUCAGGAAUGCCUAACGGCAUCAGCAUACCUGCAGUUUUACAAUCAGGUUUACAGAAUCAAUUUUCACCAUCCCGUUUACCUGUAACUGAUUUUGGCAAUCUCGUUCCUUCUAUUAAUUUGCCGCAUGAUGGAUUUGAUAGCCAAACCAUUAUAAAUCGAAUCCAGUCAGAACUUGCCAAAUCAGUGGCCACUGCAGCUGCUACAGAGUUGCCUUGCACUGUUAACUUAAAAGUAUGGUCAUAUGACUUAAAAAAUCCCUGCGCCCCACUACAAAGAUGCCGUCUAACUAUACCACAUGUCGUCCUCUGCAGUGAAAUGGGUGCCCAUUUUUCACCAUGUGGUAGAUUUUUAGCUGCCUGUGUUGCAUGUAUGCACCCUCAUAUGGAAGCUGAUCCAGGAUUACAAACUCUUGUACACCAGGAGCCUGGACUUCCAACAUCACCAACUCGACAUCCAAUCUCAGCACAUCAAGUAAUGUAUGAGCUCCGGAUAUAUUCCCUGGAGGAAGCAACAUUUGGAUCGGUGCUUGUAUCACGACCAAUUAGAGCUGCUCAUUGCCUGACUUCAAUCCAGUUCUCGCCUACAUCUGAGCAUAUUCUGCUUGCCUAUGGUCGACGUCAUAGCUCUCUUCUGAAAAGCAUUGUCCUUGAUGGAGAAAAAACAUCAUCAAUAUAUACAGUCUUGGAGGUAUAUAGAGUAUCAGAUAUGGAACUUGUCAGGGUGCUUUCUAGUGCAGAGGAUGAGGUCAAUGUGGCAUGCUUUCAUCCUUUUCCUGGGGGAGGGCUUGUCUAUGGAACCAAGGAAGGAAAGCUUAGUGUCUUCCAGUUUGACCGUACUUGUAAUGUGAAUGGCACUGGAUCUGGUUACUUCCCUGAGGAGAACAUUAUUGGAGUCAAUCAGUGAACAAGGUGUCAUACAUUACAUAUUUUUGGGAUUUCUAACUUUUUUAGAUGACUUUAAUUUUAUUUUCCUGUGGAUGGAAGUGAAUUUUUCACCCUUUCCUUCUGCUCUUGGUUAAUUAUUGAACAGUCAAAGCAAGAAAGGUUUCUAUAUCAUGGCCAUUUUCAGGACACAUGAUAUAUUGAUUUUCACAUGUAAGUUACAUGUGAAAAUGUAAGGUGUUGUAGAAGUUCAAAAACUAGCAAGUAUGUUGUACAUUAUGCGGUGCUCUUUUGUUAAACGUGAAAAAAUACUUUGAAAAGAUGAAUAUUUUUAGAAAAUUAGUUGGGAUUUGAGUUGUUAAUCAAGUCAAUAAGUUGAA